ACAGGCGCACACAUCUACAUCCUCGCACCCGCGCGCACUCGCGCAGCCAGCCAGCGGCGGCCACCGCGGCGAUGCUCGCCAGCAGGUUUGGGAAGUUUCCCGCCGGCCUCGGCCGCGGGCUCCGGUGCACCCAGGUGUAGCGCCCCCGCGCGGUGCGGGCGCCUGGGCAUCUCCAGCAUGACCCGCCAGAGCCUGUGGGACCUGUCUGAGACCGACGUCGAGGAUGGAGAGAUCCGAAUCAAUGUAGGCGGCUUCAAGAGACGGCUGCGUUCCCACACGCUGCUGCGCUUCCCUGAGACACGCCUGGGCCGUCUGCUCCUCUGCCACUCGCGAGAGGCCAUUCUGGAACUCUGCGAUGACUACGACGAUGUCCAGCGUGAGUUCUACUUCGACCGUAACCCUGAGCUCUUCCCCUACGUGUUGCAUUUCUACCACACCGGCAAGCUCCAUGUCAUGGCCGAGCUGUGCGUCUUCUCCUUCAGCCAGGAGAUCGAGUACUGGGGUAUCAACGAGUUCUUUAUUGACUCUUGCUGCAGCUACAGCUAUCACGGCCGCAAAGUGGAACCUGAGCAGGAGAAGUGGGACGAGCAGAGUGACCAGGAAAGCACUACUUCCUCCUUCGACGAGAUCUUGGCCUUCUAUAAUGAUGCUUCCAAGUUCGAUGGGCAACCCCUGGGCAACUUCCGCAGGCAGCUGUGGCUGGCGUUGGAUAACCCGGGCUACUCAGUCCUGAGCAGGGUCUUCAGCGUCCUUUCCAUCUUGGUGGUGUUGGGCUCCAUCAUCACCAUGUGCCUCAACAGCCUGCCAGACUUCCAGAUCCCCGAUAGCCAGGGUAACCCUGGCGAAGACCCCAGGUUCGAAAUCGUGGAGCACUUUGGCAUUGCCUGGUUCACGUUUGAGUUGGUGGCCAGGUUCGCUGUGGCCCCUGACUUUCUCAAGUUCUUCAAGAAUGCCCUAAACCUUAUUGACCUCAUGUCCAUUGUCCCGUUUUACAUAACUCUAGUGGUGAACCUGGUGGUGGAGAGUUCGCCUACCUUGGCUAACUUGGGCAGGGUGGCUCAAGUCCUGAGGCUGAUGAGAAUCUUCCGAAUUCUCAAGCUGGCCAGACACUCCACUGGCCUCCGGUCCUUGGGAGCCACCCUGAAGUACAGCUACAAGGAAGUGGGGUUGCUCUUGCUCUACCUCUCGGUGGGGAUUUCCAUCUUCUCUGUGGUGGCCUACACCAUUGAAAAGGAGGAGAACGAGGGCCUGGCCACCAUCCCUGCCUGCUGGUGGUGGGCCACGGUCAGUAUGACUACCGUUGGGUAUGGAGACGUGGUCCCGGGGACCACAGCUGGGAAGCUGACUGCCUCUGCCUGCAUCUUGGCAGGCAUCCUGGUGGUGGUCUUGCCCAUCACUUUGAUCUUCAAUAAGUUCUCCCACUUUUAUCGGCGCCAGAAGCAACUUGAGAGCGCCAUGCGCAGCUGUGACUUUGGGGAUGGAAUGAAGGAGGUCCCCUCCGUCAAUUUGAGGGACUACUAUGCUCAUAAAGUUAAGUCCCUCAUGGCAAGCCUGACAAAUAUGAGCAGGAGUUCACCCAGUGAACUGAGUUUAGACGACUCUCUACAUUAGUUGGGACCCAGGCUUCCAUUGCUGAUUUGCUGCCUGUGCUCCUAGCACAGCCAGAGCAAUUUUAGGGCUAUGGCCUACGAAGUCAUCCGACCCUAGAGGUAGCACUGCAUGGGAUAUAAGCCCUAGAUUGCUUUUGCAAUGUUUAGAGUCUUUUUUUUUAUUUUUGAGGAUGGUGUAUCCAAAAAGAUGCCUUUGCACCUUUCAAUGAAACGACACUCACUGGUGUUUGCUUCAUAGGCAUAUAAUGUUCAUCUUCCUGCCAGAUGAGUAUCUAGAAUGCCAAUUUCUCUGUUCACUGUGUACAGUAUCCUAAUGCUCACACCCUGUAUGGCCUGUGAGCUGAGUUGUCUGUGCUCCUAUUUCUGAGGUUGCUGUAUGAGUUCCAGUGAGAGCGUAUCUGUCUAUGAGGGCAGCAAGGCUAUCAUGAGAUUUGGAUCACAGCUAUGUGAAAAUAAUCUCGGUUACGUAUCCUGCGCUUUCAUUUACCCUUAAUACCAAAACAGAGAGAGAGCAAAGCACACCUGACCAAUGCAAGUCUUCAAGUUGUCUUUCUGCCUGGUCCUGUCCUAGUGAUGUGCAUGAGUGCACCCGUCUUCUUACAGAAAGAUGUGGACUGAUGUGUAUCUCCUAAGUGUCAGUGUAAGAGAAUGUAACUCAGUCAAUAUGUAGUAAAGACUGAAUGUUUUCCCCCUAACAGAUAAGUCUAGGGGCAGGGACUUUAGCUGAACAUGGACUAAACCCCAGGAUGCUGUAAGCAGAGUUCAUGUAGGCUAAACCCUUUUAUUGAUGGUCAGGCCUCUUUUUUCCUGGGGGAAUUACAGAGACAUUUAUUUCUGGCUGAGAUUCUUAAUCCAGGCCAUUUUGACCAAAGUUUGUGUCUUGGUAGUAGCAUGUUUUUCAAGCAUUUCCUUUUUAAGAUGUUUAGGAAUAAGGUUGUGCUGUCUUUCUCCACUAGAAGAGGUUAGUGUUUUGUUGUUUUUGUGUAGUAAGCACUGUUAGGUUGCUGGCGAGGGCAGUAGCUUAAACCUUUUCUUGUCUGCUCUGAAAGCCCAUAAAAUGAAUGCUCUUUUGUUUCUGGGCAGAGUUUGCUUUAGGUAGUUUUGCUUGUAGGACACAGGAUAGUAUAUGCACAGUGUUUCCUGUUUCCUGCUGUGGAAAACAUAGGUACAGAAGCAGAUUCAACAUACGAGCAUGCAUGAAGGCAGUGUGUUUACCCAGGGUGGAAACACUGCAGUUUUUAUUCUCAUUGCAAUUGCAGUGGGGUUUGGGGAGGGCAGGGGUAGAGGUCAGAAGAAAAGAGUUAUAAAGCCAAAAACUGCUACUGUAUACGAUAUAAGUAACUGUGAGUUUCUUUAAAGGCUUAAAACUAGUCUUAAAAAACAAAAACAAAAAAACAAAACAAAACAAAAAACCCCUUUCAACCAACCAUUAAGCUGUGUUGAAGGGUUACCUCCAUUCCCUUUCCCAACACUCCAUUCAGUUAGCACAAAACAUUAUGAAGGGGAACCCUUUUAAGAUAAUUCUUUCCCAUCAUCUCCUAAGUAAUCUGAUGGUUUUCCAGUGGCUUUCGUUAUUGUUGAGUCUUUGGCAAGGCUAUAGAAUCCAGGGAUCCAAAUAUGGAGAUAAACAGGCUUUUAAUCCAAAGUUUGGGCCUACUCUUAAUUGGUCCAUUUUGUGUUUUAGUCGGUCAAGGAUAAUCCACACCUCAGAGGGCUUUGUGUACUAGUAGUUGCCAUGGUGACUACAGUGUGGGCGAUUUGUUGGAUGAAUGCACUGGCCAUUUAAUGCCCUUGAGCUUCCAGUUCAGAGCUUUCACCAGACUGGAGGCUCAAUGAGGGGCAGCGGGUGGCAACCUCCUAGUGCCUACGUGCAGACACAUCUGUCUCUUAUUCCAAAGCAGCAGGGAUGUGAAGUGACUUCCGGAAGGAACCCCACCGUGAACCGGAAGGAACCCCACCGUGAACUGGAAGGAAGGGGUUGGUUUGGGGAGUUUGCACACGGAACUCUUGUUGUUGGAUGGUAUCUUCAGCCCUGGAAAGACUAUGCAUUUAUAAAACUGUACCCAGCUGCACUGGCAUCAGGGGACAUCGUAAACCUGUGAGGACUGUUCAGUUUGCUGAGGCUGAUGGUAUACUGUAACUGAGCAUGAUAUCCAUGGUCACUCACUGACCAUGAAGUUGAUGGAAAGAAGAAAUAGGCAAGAGGCAGAAUAACUUAGCCACUCUCCUGAGGAUUUUUUCUAAAUGAACAUGUUUAACACCAAAAAAGAGUUACCUCUAGUGCGUACCUACAAGGAUAUGAAAGCUGGAAAACUUGACUUUUCUUUUUUUGGUAACGACUUGCUUUAUCUGGUGCCUUUCAUUGGGGGAAUCCCAAAGUGCUUUAGAAACUGUCUUUUUAACAUUUCUUGUACAUAUAUGUAUACUUGUAAAAGAAUAUUCCUUUGCCCACCAAGACUUAGUUGCUUCUGAGCAUGAAAAGGUCCCAGGAGCAUUGAUUCCCCAAGCAGUGGUUUCAGAGACCUCGAGGGAGAGCAGCCCAGAUAGCUGGGGAUCUGCAGUGAUUCCCAUAGACCAUAAAGAAGGGUAUAAGACUCUGGGACCUUUCCCUUAUCACUAAACCACACGGAGGUGUGAAGUUCACAAGUCCUAGACAGACACAAGGCCUCUGUUUAGCCAAGUUAGGUAAUGUCUCCCACGGUAGUUUCUUGGUAACCAGGGGAGGGCAGAUUCAUUUUCCUGCCCUAUUCUUGGGAAUAACGGCUACAAAGCCGAAGCGAGCCCACAGACUAUCAAAGUAGCCUGUACAAUUCUUUCUUGGGGAAACAGAGUAGAAACAGGCUCGCUCAUGCCUAGCUGGUGGCUGAAACUCCACUCCUGGCAUUUGACGUGUUCAAUAUUCCUGGGACAAAUACAUGGGCAGAGCUUCCUCAAAGCAUGUGGGAUGGACAUUUGGAAGUGGCACAUGUUCAUCGCACAGAUACAUUAACCUUGGGCUGUGUUUCCCAUCAAAGCCCUGCGCUUCCCAGGUUAGCUGCUGAGGAGGGUCGUGUAGAGUGCUGAGCUUAUGCGUAGCUCAUCAGGUUGUAAUUGAUGUUUAAUAUUUGGAUUUGUUAUUUCUUCUUACUGUAGCACUCAAAGCACCGAGCUACCUGUUAAUUCCUGCUUCGUUUCAAUGGAAAUGAUUUGUUCUGCACUUUGGGAGAGCGGUGAUGGGGACCACAGGCUGUGUGGUCUCUGCUUGAAGGCUUAACUGGUAUUUCUUGUAUGUUUUAACAGCAUGACUUGUUCCAGAGUUGUAAUUUUAAACAUCGAGAACACUGUAUUUGCGAUGUCAGUUUUAACACUCAUUAACACACUACCGUGCCAGCGUCCUGGCAGCCCCACACCACCAUUAUGUCGGCUGCUGUGCUUGAGUUUCCUGUGCCUCGACUCCAGAGUGAGGCAAAUGACUGACAUGCUCAGAAUGCCAGCCUUGCAAAUAUGCAGAUUAAACAGAAAACAAUUAUUUCUCUUC